UCUAGAUAUUAGAUAAUGAUAUAUUUAGGAAGAGCUCUCUUCAAAAUAAUCUAAGAUGGAGUAUUCUGCUAGGCUGCAAGCUGCAGUGGAGCAAUAUGUUGAAGAGCAUUUGUCCUGCAAUUUGAAUGAAAUGUCAAAAUUCAUCUACCAUCACAACCCUCAGUUCCAACAAGUCCAGUAUCCUGUCUUCAAAAACACAGUCAAAACAGCACUGGAAUUUAUGCAAUUUAUUGAAAAUGAUGCAAAUCCAAAGAAGAGUUCAAAGUGUGAUAUUUUGCCAAACAUGAAGCACAACUCUAAUGACUUUGAAAAGUCAAGGCAAAAUGCAGAAAAAUCACCUGCUAAUAAUCAGAAGCCCAAGAAAAGACUCAAAAAGAAGAAAAAUGCCUCUCUAAUACAGGAAUUUUCGGAUGACUGCUUCGUAAUCGAUGUAGAUGGCAGUGCAGCUGAUUCUCAGUGCAAUGAUGAUGUCUCAAUUGUGUAUUCAAAGGCUCAGGAUUAUCAGUGCAACACCCCUGCUUUACUAUCUCAGCCCUGCAGUAACUCUACACCUGCAUUGACCAGCAAUGUCAAGAAACGCUUGUUGCAAGAAGAUAUCAGUGAAAGGUUUAACAAAAAGGCCAUGCUCUCCAAAAUGGUGGCAGAGAGCAUGCAAGAUCUAGACUUAUCACAAUUGGGUGGACUAGAACCAAUAAUGGAGUCAGUGUUCUCAGUAUUGAUGCUGUUGAGGCUCCCUCAGCCUCAGCCUGUCUCUCUCAUGAUCUCUGGGCCGCCCGGAGCUGGAAAAACUGCUCUCGCUUCUGCCAUGGCUACGGCAGCAUCUUUACCUGUUAUCCAGUUGCGAUUGUGUGACAUAAUUGCCACAUCCUCGUCCCUCUCUCCGGAGAAGAAAAUUGCAGAGGAGUUCUUCAAUGCAGUUACUGGUGGACCAGCUCUGGUGCUAAUCUCCCAGCUAGAUCAGCUGUCCAAAGAUGGUGGCAGUCAAGGCCCUCGUAACUUGGACAGAGGCAUUUCUCGCAUGCUGUGCACAAUGAUCAAAAACCUGACACGUGAGUCAAGUGAAGACCCGCUCCUGGUGGUGGCAGAGUGUACCCACAUGGAGCUCCUGGACCAGCGACUCCUGGAUGCUUUCUCUGAGCAGAUCCUCAUCAAGCCGCCUACUGCACAACAGCGACAUGCCAUCCUUAAGAGUAUAUUCGCUACAGAGAAAAUAGACGCUUCUGUCGACUUGACUUACUGGGGGUUGAAAUGUUCUGGAUUUUUGGCCGGUGAUUUUGUGAGGCUUUUGAAUUCUGCUAGAAGAACAGCUCUUAAGAGGUCUCUUAAAAGCUCCGUGUCGGAGGCCUUAAGAAGAGGAAAGCUGCCGAGCCACAGCAUUCAGCCUCCACCCGUCAUCAUUUCAGCACAAGAUAUUACUGAUGCUCUCAAGCAUGUGAAGCCUGUGCUGAAGAAUGAAGGCUUCCCUUCCGUGCCUGAGACGACGUGGCAGGAUGUUGGUGGUCUCAGCGAAGUCAGGGAGGAGCUCAGAAGAAAGAUGCUCGACCCGAUCAAGGAACCUGACCUCCUUGCUAAAUACAAUAAGACCAGCUCUGGUAUUUUGCUGUGGGGACCUCCAGGCUGUGGCAAGACUCUUCUCGCCAAAGCCGUUGCAAACGAAGCAGGCGUGAACCUGCUCAUCGUGAACGGCCCCGACUUGUUGUCCAUGUACCAGGGCGAAAGCGAGCGAGCCGUACGGGUGGUGUUCGCAAGAGCGGCCUCCGUAGCUCCGUGUGUCAUAUUCUUUGAUGAAUUUGACUCUCUGUGUCCAAAACGUUCCAAGACUGGCGUUGAGUCAGGCAGCAAGUCGACGAUCGUGAACACCCUGCUGACAGAGAUGUCGGGCUUCCUGGAGCGCAGCGGCGUAUACGUGAUGGCGGCUACCAACCUGCCUGCCGUGCUGGACCCCGCCGUGCUGCGGCCAGGCCGCUUUGACACGCUUCUUUACGUUGGCUUGCCAGACAUCGCCGGCAGAGAAGCUGUUCUCAGGGCUGCUACUAAGAAUGGGACUUUACCCGCCCUGGCUUCUGACGUGAAUCUGCGAAACAUUGCCGAGCGCUGCGAUAAUUUCUCGGGAGCAGACUGCCGACACCUCGUUGAGAUGGCCUCCACUGAGGCGUUCGAAGAACUUAAAGCCUGGCGCAAAAAACAAGCUACACAUUCAUUGUCAAACGAUGUCUUUACGAACAACUUGAUCAAUUCAGAUCAAAGGCAAACCGACGAUAAGCUCCUCUCGGGAGAUCAAAAGCCCAGCAGCAACGAAGUGAAAACCACUGACGACACAUGCCACAUGGAAGAGGGAGAAGUUGAUGAAGUCGCAUCUCAUAACAGCAAUGACCGCAGCUGGGCAACUAUGGAAGAUGAAGACGCUAAUUCCUGCUCUAACAUGAAUGAACCAGAAGUUGGCAGUGUUGCCCCAUCGAAUAUUUUACCUGAAGGCGUUACCAGUCGUGUUACAGAAGCUGAUAAGAAUGAUCAAACGCCCGUUGAGCUGAACCCGUUUCAUGAAGGACCGUACGUCGUUUAUGCUCGGCAUUUUGAAGCUGCUUUGGCAUACGUUAAUCCGUCCGUCGGUGAGAAGGAAAGACUGAAAUACGAGGAACAAAGAAGGCUGAAGAAAUUUAUUUGAUGGUUUGCAAUUAUCAAAGACAAAUUAAACCAUUGAAGAAAU